AUGCUAUAUAGCAAGGACAUACCGAGCGGUAGCAUUUUUAAGUUUCAGUUUUCUACAAAUUCAUCUGCGGGGGUAUCAAAGUCUAAAAAGAAAGUUCUAGAUCCUGAAGGGCCGUUUCUUCAAAGGUGGAACAAAAUAUUUGUCAUAUCCUGCAUAGUUGCUGUGUCUGUGGACCCCUUGUUCUUCUACAUUCCAGUUAUUGAUGGUGACAAUAAUUGUCUUUAUUUGCAUAAAAAACUAGAAAUUGCUGCAAGUGUACUGCGGUUUUUCACAGAUAUCUUCUACUUGGUCCAUAUUGUUUUUCAAUUUCGAACUGGGUUCAUCGCUCCUUCAUCUAGGGUAUUUGGAAGGGGAGUUUUGGUCAAAGAUUUGUCAGCAAUAGCCAAGCGAUAUUUAUCAUCAUAUUUCCUAAUUGACAUUCUUGCUGUUUUUCCACUUCCACAGAUACUGGGAGCAUUUUGGUAUUUUCUUUCUAUAGAACGUGAAGGCACUUGUUGGAGAAAAGCUUGUGCCCAACCUGAUUGCAAAAUUGACUCUUUAAUCUGUGGACAGCAAAACAACCAGAAGAAUAGUUUCCUGGGAGUUGCUUGCCCUAUAAGUCCCAAAAAUGGGACUAUCUUUGACUUGGGAAUAUAUCUACAAGCUCUGCAAAAUGUUGUUCGAUCAAAAAAGUUCUUGGAGAAGUUUUUUUAUUGCUUUUGGUGGGGGCUUCAAAAUCUAAGGUAAUAAUGUAUUUGAUAAUAUAUUCGAUCAUAAAUUUUUUGUGAGGCAGAAAAAAUUAUAAUCUAUGUUUAUUGAUUUUGACGGACACAGAAUAUUAUUUCUCAAUGUUUUUUUGAGUAUAAUCCUUUUCUUAUAAUCUGUGCAAACUUAAGAAUCUUUGGUAGGAUUUUUUUCUUUCUUUUUUUCUGUGUUUUUAUUGCUAAGUAUCAUAAACAUUAUAAAUCUUUCUACAUGAGAAAAUUAAGAGUAUUUAACAUUGUUUUGAUUUUCAUUUAUUUGUCCCAAUAGGUUUAUAGUUCAAACCAUCUGUGAAUGACAAAUGCAGUGUUAUAUAUUUGUGUUUGCACCAGGAGCAGAUGCACUUACAUAUGUGUGUACAUGAUUUGACCUGUUGCAAUCUUCACUAAAUUAAGUGGAUCUAAUUGCUCUUGAACACACCUGAAUAAUCUACGUUAGAUACUUCAUUGUUUACUCAAGACACUUGUAUGGUAGAUAUAAGGAUUUGGUAGAUGUAAGGACUUCUUUGAUCAGAUUCAAUACUAUCACAUUUCAUCAUUUUGCUUCUGUAGCUAAAAUAUGACUAUUUUGCAGUUCUCUCGGACAAAACCUUAAAACAAGC